AUGCGUAUAGAAGAGAUUAACUCGAAGGCAGGUGGAAGAGCGUUCCGAGGGUCGCGAGGAUGGCAGUCGAAGAAUUUCACCGCUGCAAUGGUGCAGUAUGAACCGAGAGCGGAUACACUGCAAUUCAGGGAAAUCCUAUCAGAUAACUGCCAACGUCAGCAUCUUGAACCACGUCGAACUGGUUCAUCCUGUCAUCACAUGAAGAAAGUGGAGUCUGGCCUUGACCGACAUGAAAGUCCGACUGCGGUAUUCCGAAUCGGCACAGACGGGGCAGUGGACAAGGAUCUACUCAGGAACCGGGUCAUGCAGAAAGUACAGUAUGGAAGAGAAACGAAAAGCUACGCGCGAGAAAGCGAGGCAUUUGCUCCGCUAGUCCAGACGUUCUCAGGCAAACCUAGUGCAGGCUGUCAAUGUCCGACUAGUACUGAUACUGCGAAAAAUGCAGCAAGCAAUGGGACGAGGACAUCCUCGGAGCACGCAGCCCGAGUUAUCAGAUAA